UAAAGUCAGCUCGAAGUACCAGACUGUCCUUACUCACGCUUCCCUCAUGAACAAACCGACCAUGUGAUGUGGAUGCCCCCAGUUCGGGUUACAGAGAGAGGGAGGCUUCAGCUGAACGCAAACCUUUACACUGAUGGAGAGAAGCGACCAACAUCGGGAACAGUCCGUGCGUACGCUGUAAUUUUCCCAACAUGCAAUUUCUUUCCCAGCGCGGAUUAUUGCCACCACCGGGAGACCCCGGCCUGUAAUAGGGAGCAGCUGCAUUAACUCCUAUACGGAUUCAUUUCUUUCUUUGCCGCUGGCCAGGUCACUGAGCUGCGCACCAACUCUGGGUUUAACCACAGACAGCUGCAGGCAAGUUAAGAGGCGCAUUUGAACAACUCCUUCGUGUCCUAAAGAGGAGGAAACUUUCUUCUCCUGAUUACAUGACCUCAAAGCUGCAUAUUUUUCUCUUAAAAGUCCGGAUGAUGUUAAAGAGACAAUGGUAAGACAAAACCCCCCCACAAGAUUAAGUUAACCUUCAUGCAACACCAUCACUAUUAAUUUCACUGCUACAUCAUCUGUUAUUAUUGCUUUCAUUUUGCUUGCCAGAUUUUACCACCUGAUCAUUUUCAGAUAAAGCAGUGGAGAUAUGGACAUUUAGGAACUGCGGUUCCAUGGCUGCAGAAGUGUUAAUCGGCCUGGACCACGAUGCUGUUCACAGCCUGCGGUUUCAGAAACAAAACAACAGUUGUACCUUACAAACUGACAGUUCACUUGUCAAAGACACUGUCUCAUCAUAUGACUCUGCUCUGACUCAAGUCCGUGUCAGGGUCUGCUUGGCAAGGCAUGGGUAACUCUUCCAGGAAGGGUGAGGAGGAAGAGGAAGAAGAGGGGACAAAAGAUGGUGAAGAGGAGGACACAAAAAAGAAGAAAGAUGUGGAGGAGGUAGAGGUUGAGCUUCCACUGGGGGUGGAGGAGCUGUUGGAGAGUGGUGAUCCCGUCUUGGACCUGAGCUACCGUAAAUUCAGGCGACUACCUUUGCGUGUUUGCGAGCUGUUGCAUCUGGAGAAGCUGUAUGUUUGUGGGAACCGACUGCGGACAGUGCCGGACAGUUUCUCCCAGCUACAGGGUCUGCGGACGCUCGCCCUUGACUUCAACAAGUUGGAAGAUGUUCCCUUGGCUGUCUGUGAGCUCACCAACCUCACCCAUCUCUACUUGGGCAACAACCGGCUGAUGAACCUCCCGCCUGAGUUUAUAAACCUGAAAAAUCUGAGAUGCUUCUGGAUGGAGAGUAACUUCUUCCAUAGAUUUCCACAAGAGCUCUAUGACCUGCCAAACCUUACGUCCCUGCAGAUGGGGCACAACCGGCUGAAAAGGCUGCCUCAUGAUUUUUGUCGAAUGGAAUCUCUAAAGGGAUUGUGGCUUUAUGGAAACCGCUUCGAAAUCUUCCCCAAGGUCCUGCUGCACAUGAAGACCUUGGAAAUCCUAGACUUCGACCGUAACAAAAUAACAGAGCUUCCCAGCCUGAAGCGUCUCUGCUCCCUCCACCUGUUUUCCUAUGACCACAACCCCAUCAAGGAACCUCCUAAAGUAGGCGAGGAAGUAAUUCUAGUUGGGGAAGGGGCUGCUGAGUUCAUGGAGGUGCGUGAGGCCAAGAAGGAGAGACGACGCAAGGCCACUGAGGAAAAGGCUGAGGAGCUGGCUCUGGCUGAAGAGGAGCCAGUGAUCCAUGGAAUUCUAAAGAACAGCAACUCCAGCUCAAAACCAGCAAUAGACGAAGCUGCCGUGGACAUCGAAGACUCAGAUGUUAAAGAAGAAGAAACAUCAGUGAGGGAGGAGCAGGAAGACUGCGUGGAGCUGCCAGUGACAGAGUAUGACGGUGCUGACCUUGAAUAUGAUGAAGACAUGGUUGAAUAUGAGACAGAAGAGAUCAUAUGUGAGGGAGAGGGAUUUGAGUAUGAGGAAGAGGGGCUGGAGUAUGAAAACGUUUCAAUGGACUAUGAGUAUGAAGAUGGGGAGGAGCUAGACGAUACAGGGGGACAAGACGAGGGGGCAUGAAAAGCCCCACAAUCUCCCAAAAUGUAUUGGUUUCAGGUGAAAACAGAUGAUGGACAAAACAGCAGAUUCAUGAAUACAACAUAUUCCCAGAUGUGCUGCUAAUUAAUAAUCUGUAAUCAACUGUGAAAAUGAACUAUCUUUAAUUAUAUUUCUGUAAAACAACAACACCAGUGACAUCUCUCUUGACUGCACAUUAUCAGGUUAAGUGUAACUUAUUGUCAGAUUGUUCCUAUUAAAUAUUCAGCUGAAUGAAGCCGAUGCCAGUCCUUUGUCACUGAAGAUACUGGAUGUUUACUGAACAGUCGUUUCUGCUCAUCACAGUCAGUACCUGUAUUAAGUGUUUGUCAGUUUUAAGUCUUUAAAGCC